AUUAUCAAAGCGGCAACGUUUUUUGUAUGAUGAUUUUAUGUCACGUGCCAAGACAAAAGAGAUUUUACAAUCAGGAAAUUUCUUAAGCAUAAUUAAUUGUCUAAUGCAACUACGAAAGGUUUGCAAUCACCCAGACUUAUUUGAGGUUCGACCUAUACGAACAUCAUUUGCUAUGACAAAAUCAGCUAUAUCUGAUUAUGAAAUUAAGGAAUUCUUGGUUCGUAAAAGGUUAUUGCAAGAAAUUGAUUCAAUCUCAAAUGUUGAUCUUUAUUUCUUGAAUCUUGUACCAACUAAAUUUGAAUCCAGAUUAAAUCGACUGAUAUCAAGUGAAUGGGAUGCAUCAAAUACAGAAAAUAAAUUCUGGGAGAAAAUUGAUUUUUACAGUGUUAUAAAAAAAAAUUUUGAUCCAAAUCAAACAGUCAACCAUUAUAGCAUUGUAGAAUUUAGUAAUAUAAUGCAUCAUCGUAAAAAAAUUGCAACUAGGAAUAGAUGGAAUUAUAUGCGUUAUGUCAAUUCUCUACGUAUUAGAC